UCGACAUUCCGAAAAUCCCCUGGAGGGGACAUUUUGGGGCAGCUCGCAUCUACCCUUGAACCUAUCCAUUCACUUAUUAGACUCACUAGAACAUCCAAAAGACACCCACAACAAUCAUGUUCGCUCGUCAAGUCGCUUCUCGCUCCGCUUCUCUCCUCUCCCGAAGAGCUUUCUCCAGCUCCAUCGUGGCUGAGCGUAAAGUCGCGGUCCUCGGAGCUGGUGGAGGAAUCGGACAACCCUUGUCGUUGCUCCUCAAGGCGGACCCAUUGGUUACUUCUUUGUCAUUGUAUGACAUCAGAGGAGCUCCAGGUGUCGCUGCGGACUGCAGCCAUGUCAACACUCACUCGGAAGUUAAAGGUUUCGAGCAGGACCAGAUCAAGGAGGCUUUGACCGGUGCUGAAGUCGUCGUUAUCCCCGCUGGUGUCCCCCGAAAGCCAGGAAUGACCCGAGACGAUCUUUUUAACACCAAUGCAUCCAUCGUCCAGACCUUGGCUGAGGCCUGUGCUGAGCACUGCCCCAAGGCCAUGAUCCUCAUCAUCGCCAACCCUGUCAACUCGACCGUCCCCAUUUGGGCCGAGGUCUACAAGCAGAAGGGAGUCUUUGACGAGAAGAGAAUCUUCGGAGUCACCACCCUCGACGUCGUCCGAGCUUCCCGAUUCCUCGGAGAGAUCAAGAAUGUCGACCCCAAGAAAGUCAAGGUCACUGUCGUCGGAGGACACUCUGGAGUCACCAUUGUCCCUUUGCUCAGUCAAGCACCCAAGGGUCGAGACGUCAAGGGAGAGGAGUAUGAUGCUCUUGUCAACCGAAUUCAAUUCGGUGGUGAUGAGGUCGUCAAGGCCAAGGCCGGCGCUGGAUCUGCCACUCUCUCCAUGGCAUACGCCGGUGCCCGAUUCGCCAACUCAGUCAUCCGGGCCAUUAACGGUGAGGAGAAAGUAGUCGAACCCACUUUCGUCAAGUCCCCCUUGUACGAGUCUGAGGGAGUCGAGUACUUCGCCUCCAGGGUCGAACUUGGUACUGAGGGAGUCAAGACUAUUCACCCCGUCGGAAAGCUCUCUGCCAAGGAGGAAGAGCUCCUCAAGGCUUGUCUCGCGGAACUACCCAAGAACAUCAAGAAGGGAGUGGACUUUGUCAACAAGGCUUAAGAUGCGCUUGAGAGAUUCUUCUUGACUUUACUCAUUGCAUGCAAAAACGAAUUCAUCGUGAUGUGUCGCGGUGGUGGGCCGUGUUA